AUGGUAUUUACGACCCCCUCCCACCCCCUGCCCGAGCUAACGCACGUCCACCUGUCUUCCGGGCGCAUCGCGGACCUGUUCGAAGACUUCUGUCGCGACAAGCUUCCGGACGACGACAUCUACGUUCCUCCGCACCACCAGCCGAUUAAUCCCGAAGAUGAAGACGACGUGAUCCCCGACCAACACGCGGCUUUUGGAAUCGCCCAGGCGCAGCAGAAGAAGCGUGAGCCGGCGUGGAAGGAUCUCGGACUGCAGGACUUGAUCGAGAGAUACGCGGGUGCGGCUUCGUCGGCGACGGGAUCCGGCUCCGGUGCGAUCGGUAUCGAUUCGCCUAGGAAGAUGCCGAGAUAG